AUGGGUGCCGUCGUAUCAUGCAUCAAAUCUGUCUUCCAGACUAUCGGAGCCUGCAUCAUGGCAGUCGUUAACGGCAUUGCGGGCAUACUCAAGGCCAUCAUCAACGCAAUCGCAUCCUUCUUCGGUAUCAUCGUCAGCUGCCUGACCUGCGGUCGUGGUGGUAGAAAGCGAGGACAUGGAGGACGCGGAGGACACACAACGAGCCAUGUCUGA